AUGUGCUCAAAAGCAAUGGACGUUUGGACAUUCUGGCUUUUCAAGGGCAAAAUGAUUGAAGCUACACCAUUUCAUACAGGAAACGAGCAUGAUUUAAGUAACACAGUCACAAACAUCUCAACGUUCGUACUAAAGAAUGCCAUGCUAUCACAGACUGGCGUAUACACGUGUGGUGCUAAUUCAACUGGCGUUAUGAAAACACAGAAUAUAACCGUGACAGUGAAAGACUUGGAAGGUCCAACUCUAGUGCAAACCAAAUCGAAUAUAGACGCUGUUGACGGCCAAAAUAUAACGCUAAGUUGCAAUGCAGUGUACCCGGAAGCGUUUUUUGUCGACACGUUUUGGAUUUUUAACGGCAGCCGGAUAAACAGUAACGACAAGUAUAAAGAAAAAAACACUUCCCCUUGGUUGGAACAAUCAGAACAGAGCAUAAAGAGAGUGAAGAUUGGAUUGACUAUUUAUAACGUUGGACUGAACGACAGCGGCGAGUAUACAUGUGCUCUUAACACCUCACUUGGCUUACACCUGAAAAACGUUAGUUUUAAGGUCACGCGGAAACCACGCUCCCAACCAGAUUUCCAUAUUCAGCCACCUACUAAAAUGCCCGAGACUCCCGAGGGGAAAGCAGAUUUGCUUGGAACUACACUGUUCAUUGGUCUGGGUCUCUUUGUUGGAUUGGUGACGACCAUAAUAGUUUCUAUAAAGCUAUGGAGAUGGCCAAAACCCAGGCCUCCAAAAUCAAGUAAGUCAAUGAUGAAAUACAUCAGAUGUUAGAUGAUGCGUUCCACUUUUAUGUCCGAGUCUUUUUACUCGGGCACUGGGAGCACACUGUGUUUUGUUUUUAUUUUAGCCCCUGAGCAAUCAAUUCUUUGUUUUUCCCUGUUAAUCUCACAUUUCAAAAAAGGCGUCUGAUAAGGAGAUAUGGAGUAUAUGUGUAGAGAAUUACUUAUCGGGUACUCAAGGCCUGAGCAGAACACCAUUUUAUGCGGAUACCCGAGCACUGUUCAGGUGAACCAAGCGUUUCGCCGUUACCAGACCUCAGCUGUCCUUUUGCAACUCCUCUGUAGAAGAAAAACCCUUCGGAAUCAACGCUAGCUAGCGUCUUUUCUUCUUGUUCCAAUACUCAUCGUUUUUUUUUUCUUGCCUCCUAGUUAAAUCUCCCCCAGAUCUGGACGCAGGAGACUUCGAGUAUGAUGUAUUCCUCACAUAUUGCAGAAAAGACUUCUCCUGGGUGGACAAGGAGCUGCUACCUCUAUUUAAUCAUAACCAAGUGAAAUAUUGCGUGGAUUUCAUCCACUUUGAACUUGGCAAAGCGUUUCUACAAAGCAUGGUGGAAGGCAUCUAUAAGAGCCGCAAAGUUUUAGCAGUCUGGUCGGCCAAUUACGCUUCUAGUAAAUAUUGCAAACAAGAACUGGACUAUGCCUUACAGCGGAGUUUUGAAAAAAGUGACACAGCAGUGAUUAUCAUUCGCAUCGAUUGGACUGACCCUACACGACUUCCAAAGACUCUACGAACAAAAACAUUUUUGGAUUACCAUGACAGUGCAGAGAGAAAAGGAUGGGAGAAGAGACUCAUACGACAUUUAAAGCCUCCAAAGCAACCAAAGAAAAUGAUAGUCAGCAUAGUUUGA